AUGGAGUUUUCAUAUACGUGUGAGCCCGUAGUCCGCUCUUCCGCCCGGAGGCGCCGUGUUCUCUUGCUGGGCAAGACACUGCAUGACGGCGGAGAGUCUUUGCGCAACUCGGACAGCUUUGAGAUACACACUCUUGACGCUGAAGACCGAGGCCAACUUCUCGCGAAGAUACCCAAAUACAUCGCCAGAUAUGGACCCUUCGAGGCCCUCGUGACCCGUCUCAGCCCCAAGCCAUACGAGCCAUUCGACGCAGAACUCCUGUCGCCUUUUCUGCCGGACUUGCGUAUCGUCGUGUCAGCGCAAUGCGGAUACAAUGACUUUGACAUUGACUGGAUGACAAAGCAGGGACUAUGGUUCUGCAACUCCAGAACCGCCACAUGUGAGGCCACGGCCGACAUGGCCCUGUUCCUGGUCCUCGGCGUCCUGAGAAACACCUCUCUUGCCGAGCAGAACUUGCGGAACGGGCUCUGGCGCGCAGGCCUGGGGCUCGGACAGGACCCGUGCGGCAUGACGCUCGGGAUCGUGGGCAUGGGCAAGACCGGCUCGCUGCUGGCUCGGAAGGCCAGCAUGGCGCGAUGCGACACCUUGGACGACCUUUUCAAGUGUUCCGACGUUGUGUCCUUGCAUUGUCCUCUCACGGAGAGUACAAGAGGUCUCAUGUCGCGCGACGAAUUCAGCAAGAUGAGAGAUGGUUCAUAUUUCAUCAACGCCUCGCGGGGCGCACUCGUCGAUGACGAGGCCUUGGUGGAGAGUUUGGAGACGGGGAAAAUCCGACGCGCAGGCCUUGAUGUGUUUGACAACGAGCCUACUGGGAUCCAUCCAUACUUCCGCUCACGACCAGACAAAGUCAUCGUCCAGCCUCACAUGGGCGGCUUGACCGAGGCUUCAUUUGCCAAAGCAGCGGCGGAAUGUUUUGGUAACCUUCGGAGUUAUUUUGAGACUGGACGGCCGCGGGCUGCUCUCAACGAGGUCUCGUCUCUGGACUUGCGGACGGUGUCGGAGCGGAGGACAUCAGGGGUGGUUGAGGACAGCGUCCCGUUGAAGCUGGGGACGGACAUGGAGCCCAGGAAGGCCGACCGGUGUGAGAGACUCCGCAUAGCAAUCAUGUAA